UAUGCUAUAUUGCUAUAAACCAAACCACGCUACUAUCUCGACCAAAAAUUUUGGUUUAAUUAAUUUAUUUUUGACGUGAAUCGGUAAAUAAUAGUGAAAAUCGAUGGAAAUUUUUAUUCGCCCAUCAAUGUGUGUGAUUUGUCUUUAAAAUGCAGGUCGAGAAGAGCCAUAACGAGCUUUGAAAAUUUCGUUUUUGCAUUGUGUUUUUCCAUUUUGUCCUCCAUGCAAAAAAAAAACGACCCGAGAAAAAAUCGUGUGAAUACGCCGUAGAGAAUGUUUGUGUAUGAAGUGUAAUUCGCCGCAUCGCUUUCAACUUGGGAAAACGAAUAAUACAUAUUUUGUUUACUUGAGCGCGAACGGGCAUUUCUGGCGUUUUUCAGUGAAACAUUCCUCUCUGUCUCUCCUCACUCUCCCUUAAUGUUGUGUUUUGUUUUAGUGGUCAAUUCGGUCUCCCCCUUAAAAGUGCAUUUUCGCAGUGCUAAGCCUGGUCGUUUUGUUGUAAUUGUACUGUGCAUUUUUUUUCUUCACUUUUGACAGAUAAAGUAGCGUGGCUGUCAUCAAACGAACAACAACAACAACAAUCCUUCAAAAGAAAAAAACAAAUGAAUUCGCCCUAAAAAAAUUAAUAAAAAAGAAAGGCAAACAACACAACACCAAGAAAAAAAUUAAGAAAUUAUACACCGUCAUUACUACAUUGCUGAGGCAACAAUAGCAGCAACAAAAAUAAUUGAAAACAAAAGAAUUUUGGUGUAAAGCAAACAAAAAUAAAAAGAAACAGUGAGGCAAAGACCAUCAAUUUCCUGGAAGCAGCAGUAAGCAAGUAAACGACGUACGACGAUCAAACUGUGACCAGAAAACAACAAAAACAUACAACCAUACACAUCCAUCCAAGGGACAACAGCAGUAAUAACAACAACAAACAUUGUCGGUAUCAUGUUUUGCAUAAAAAAUGCAGUUUAAUAUUUGUACGGUCGAUGUCGCUGUCGCCUUGGCUGCUGUUGCUGCAUCGACUUUGCUGCUGCUACUAAAUGUUGCUGGUGUUUUUGUAAAUGGAAUAUGAAAUGUAUACAAAUGUUAACGUUUAUUAUUGUUGUAAUUAUGCAAAUUUAUUUAAGUUUUUCGAUUUCAAUUUGAAAAAUGUCGUCGACUCAUAGCCCACACGAUUUGUUAUUGUUGCUUCCAUUGCAAAAAAGUCUAAGUUGUCAAAUCAAUCAAACAAACAGCAACAAACUGCAGCCGCAGCACGCAGAAACAACGCAGCAUCAUCGUCACUUGUCAAAAUCGUGCAGCGUCAAUAGCAAUCUUCCCAAAAAUAACAACAAGCUACAACAACAACUAAUACAAGAACAUCAUUAUCAACAACAACAACAACAGCAAAUAUUACUGUUGUCGUUCUUUGUGGUACCAUUGCUGAUCACCUCUGCCAUAGCAGCAACGAUAGUGGUGGCGCAAGCAGAAGAAACCCAAAACCUCACAAAUACAGCAAGUCAGAAGAAGAAAAAAUCCAAUAAAUCAACCGCAACAUCAUCGCCACCCCUGCUAUCCGCAAGUAAUACAGCUGUUGUCGAAGGGGAAACAGCACAAGAAGACCCGGUAUUUGGAGUGCUGCACAAAAUAACGACAGCAAAAACUACAAUAACAAAGAAAGAGGCAAAGACGACGAAACCACAAGAACAAAACGUCCACAUACAUCCCAGCAUACCAAGCAGCAACAGCAUCUCCUUGUUAACACAAACAGCAGAAGGAGAUCUCAAAAGACCGUACCUAUUUUUCGAGAAAAAGGGAGCAGCAGCGGCAGCAUAUCCCUUCCCCUCGCAAAGAGUUGGUCAAAAACUACGUUCAUAUAUUUUUGUAUAUAUAUUAUACCUCUACAUAAGGGUUUCACUUUAUAGAAGUGGAACACCCAAAUCAUCGCCACUGCUGGAUCGAUCAUAUUAUUACUUUUCUUCAUUACCACUCUACAUAAUUAUUUCACUUUAUAGAAGUGUAACACCAAAAUCCUCGUCACUGCUGGAUCGAUCUUAUUUCUCUUCUUCUUCACCAUCGUCGUCAAUAUUGCAUACAGCAGCAAGUCCUUGUAAUAAUUUUGAGCUUAAGCCCUCAAUAAGCAGCAGUGCUGCUUCUAUAACGCCAAGCUCCACGGAGAAAGCUUUAAAAUAUAUUAUUAGCUUAGCUUAUCCGCAUCAUCCUAUAGCAGCACCGGCAUCAGCGGGGACGAAAACGACAAAAACCUUAUUUUGUAAUUCUUUGCAUUGCGCCAAAGCACUUCAUUUUUGUGGUAGUGGUGGUGAUUAUUGUAAGGGCAAUUACAAUAAUCACCACCACUACCAGCACCUUCAUUAUUACCAAGGCUCCUUACGUUUAAUACACCGGGAAUAAAGAGUAAAUUGUUUUAGUUCCCUCCCUAAACUGCUACUACAACUACACUACUCAUCAUCUCAUUAGUUACCUACCCCUGUCUCGUGGCGUAAUAUAUAUAUAUACAUAUAUAGAAUAUACUACCUACAGCAGCGCUAUAGAAAACGAAAUAGUUUCUUCUGAUCUGAUUUUUAUAAAAUUCACAACUUUAUCAAGAGCCAAAUUUAUUUUGUUGCCAGCAAAAGAAGGGGGAAACAAGGAAAGAAGAACAAGAAACGAAGCAAAACGUUAAUUCCGACACUAACAUCCAUUUAUCCAGCUUCAUCAUCAUCAUGUCGAAAUUAUCAUUUAGGGCUCGUGCCCUUGACCCAUCCAAGCAGAUGCUCAUUUAUUUGGCUGAGGAGCUACCAGAUUUGCCGGAAUAUUCAGCGAUCAAUCGUGCGGUACCACAAAUGCCCAGCGGCAUGGAAAAAGAGGAAGAGUCG